AUGCAGGCAAAUUUUUAUCGUCUCAAAUCAUCUGCAGCCAUCCGUUGACCCGCUGUUAACAAGGAAAAAAAAAAAAAAAGCUGUGUGGAAAAUUAUGUACGCAGUUGAAGUUGAACGAGGAAGAAAGGGUCACAAGAAUUGGAAUCGCCAACAAACAGAAAGAAUCCUUCCUUUCAGUUUUCUCUUUCUCUCUCCCUCACCGCAAAGCUCCAUUAACGUGACCGCUCUUUUAUAUUUUUGUUUUUCAAUUAUUGUUGCUUUACGUGCAAGCUUCUCCAAUUUUUCUUAUCAAGGGUGAGAAUAAUACCGCGUUAAUUUUUUUAUUUUUGGGUACUGUAAGAUUUAUCUGAGCUUAUUUGGGAUUUGAGCGUAGCAGGAAAAGAAACUGAGAACUUUUUCUGCUUUGUGAUUUUCUGGAUUAUGGGUUCUUCUCCUUUGUGAAUAGGUGCCCGUGGUUUUGGAAUUAUUGGCUCUUAUUAACUUUUCUGUAGGUGGGUUUGUUGAGGUUUGUCUUGGUUAGGUUUGAGAAAGAAAAGGAAAGUUUUUUUUUUACCCUGUAGUGAUUGAGGGCUGGCUUCUAGUUGAUUGGUUUUUAGGUUUUGAAUUUGGGAAAUUGAGAUUUGUAGGUGGCGAAUUGAAGUUUUGAAUGAUGGAUGAAGCACAUGGUAGUUCAAGUUCCCUGCCUCCAUUUCUGGCAAAGACUUAUGAGAUGGUGGAUGAUCCUUCCACCGAUUCGAUUGUUUCGUGGAGUGUUACUAACAAAAGUUUCAUUGUAUGGAAUCCCCCAGACUUUGCAAGGGAUUUGCUGCCUAGAUUCUUUAAGCACAAUAACUUCUCGAGUUUCAUUAGGCAGCUCAACACAUAUGGAUUUAGAAAAAUUGAUCCAGAACAAUGGGAAUUUGCCAAUGAUGAUUUUGUAAGAGGGCAACCUCAUCUUAUGAAGAAUAUCCAUAGACGGAAGCCGGUUCAUAGCCAUUCUUUGCAGAAUCUCCAUGCACAAAUCCCGAUAGGGGAGUCAGAAAGGCAGAGUUUUACUGAUGAAAUAGAGAAGCUUAAACAUGAUAAAGAACAACUUCUUAUGGAGUUGCAGAAAUAUCAACACGAGUGGCAAACGUGUGAGAUAAAAAUACGUUGCUCAAAUGAUCGGUUGGAAAAGUUGGAACAGAAGCAGGAAGUGAUGGUUUCUUCUGUUUCCCAGGUAUUGCAAAAAUCUGUGAUUGCUGUAAAUAUCUUGCCACUGACUGAAACGUUGGAUAGAAAACGAAGGUUGCCGAGAAGUGGCUACUUUAAUGAUGAAGCUAGUAUUGAAGACGCAAUUGAAACUUCCCAAACCUUACCUAGAGUAAAUGCAGAGAAUACCUCAGUUUUGACAUUAAACAUGGAGCGAUUGGAUCAGCUUGAAUCAUCCAUGGUGUUUUGGGAGGCUAUUGCACAUGAUGUUGGUGACUCCUUAGUUCAAAUUCAGUCAAACAUGGAUUUUGAUGAAUCUACAAGUUGUGCUGAUAGUCCGUCCAUAUCUUGUGCACAACUAGAUGUUGAAGUUCGGCCCAAGUCAUCUGGAAUUGACAUGAACGCAGAGCCAACUGCAGUUGGUGUACCUGAGCCUGUUGCUUCAAAGGAACAACCUGCAGGAACCACUGUUGCAGUGACUGGUGUUAAUGAUGUAUUCUGGGAACAAUUCUUGACAGAGGAUCCUGGUGCAUCAGAAGCACAAGAAGUACAGUCGGAAAGAAAAGAUUAUGAUGGCAGAACGAAUGAAGGAAAACCUAGUGACUUUGGCAAAUUUUGGUGGUACAUGCGGAAUGCAAAUAAUCUUCCUGAACCAAUGGGGCAUGUAGAGAAAACUUAGUGGCAAUUGAUUAUUCUUCUUGCUUGUGCUGCCCCCACAAUCACAUGUAAUAAAUCUAGGUAUGCAUGGUUUUAUCUUCAACAAAUACAUAUUCCAUAUUUUGGGUGCGAUGGAUUUUGCUUCCACCAUUGAUUUUAAUUAAGUAUGCUGCUCUUUAGCCUCUUCUAGCUCUAUUAUGCCAAAACCUGCCUGCACUGAAUUGUGGUUUGGUCACACAAUUGCAUCCAUGACAGUGACCAUAACCUCAACAUCCAACCUUGGUAUGAUUAUCUCCAGUCUACAUAUUGUUAUUUUUUCGCUUUGUUCCUUUCCCAAUGUUAGUUUUACCAUAUGACAGAAGCCACCGGCUAUUACCCUCUUUUGCCAUCCUUUGGUUUGUUGGCUUACCUCCGUUUUUGUGAAUGGAAAUCAUCCUGCAAUUGCUGGGUGAUUCUGAUGCUGUUGUGGACAUUACGGCUACAGUAAUAUUGUGGCUGUGUCAAGUGUUGUGGCUGUGUCAAGUGAUGUAGUCUGCAAUUUGAAAAUAAGAACACCAAUAGUAAUUUAGAUAAUGCAUGGUUACUCCAGUUUGAAAUUAAUAAUGGAAAAGACAGUUGUUUUCAUGAAUUUAUUCAUAAUAUUCCAUUUAGACAAUAAGAGAUUACUGGAAACUAGGAUUUCCAAUUAGGGAAAUGCAAUACUAUAGUACUUCUAUUUUCUUCCUUGAAUAAUUUUCAUAGGGAUUUACAUCUUAUAAAUUUCACUAAAUUAUUCUAGUAGACAAAAACUGCUUAAAGU